AUGCCAAGUCUUCACCGGAAGUUCGUCAAGGCAUGGGAGCGAACGCAAGUGGAGCUCCACGGCAGCUACUUGACCGAAUGCGUGGUCGAGCUCGCCAAGUACACUCGUGAGAAGAGCUGGGCUCACAUCGUCAUGGUGUUGUUCGUCACGCCACUACCAUGCUUAACCAUUACAGUGCUCAGUGACGUUCUGCCUCUUGAUGAACUGUCCGAAGGCCUCAAGGUGUUCCAAGUGCGGCAGUUCUACAGCUACGUCGUCAUGAGCUUCCUGUGCGCGCAGCAGUUCCGCACCAGCGUGAGGGCACUACCGUACCCGAACCGGAACGUGGUCAGAGACACUGGCAUCGUUGCGGCUCUUAUGUCUGCGGUUUUGUACGGGUUCGCGUCGUGGAUCGGCUUCCCCACCCCCUUCUCCAUCGUCAUUGCGAUGCCCGUCUGGGUCGUGAUCAUCACUGUGGCCAUGGCGAUCGAGUGGCUCCGACCUAUCCAACAGAACCCGGGGACGGGGACGAUGGUGUUCAACACCAUCAAGGUCUGGCUGUGCGAGGUGCUGCUGGUCGUCACGUAUCCGCCGUACUACUACGUGUUCACGACACUGCCCAAGACGGGGCAAAUGUUCUUCGCCUCGUUAUUGCCGGUGAUCAAGUUGAUCAUGGGCAACAUCUUCACUAUGGUGCACUUAAGCGAUGAGAUGCCGGAGAUGGUCGUGUUUAAUUCCGAGGUCUUCAACGCGCUGUUCGUGUCGUACUGCAUGCAGAACUCCCCGUCGUUUGGCACUACGCUGAUGGUGACGACUGCGCUUUUGGUACAGCUGGCGAUGUCAGUUCGAGAUGGAAAUGUUGCCAUCAACCGGACGGAGCUCGUGGGGAGGCAUCUCCUCGAACAGUUUAACGAUCCCUGCGAGUUCGUUGCUAAGUCCAGUAUUGGCGGACGCAAGCCGAGUGCAUUGCAGCGCGCAGACUCCCUUUUACUUGAUGGCGUGGUUCAAGACGGAGUGAAACGGAUGAGCAGUAUUCACGUGCGGUCUGCCAGUAAUCUUCAGCUUUCAGUAUCCAAGGACGGUGGCAUCGUAGACCGAGACUUAAAGUUCGAGUCGCGCGGCACACUACAGUUGCAACCGAUCGGAGCUCGCAUCCAACCCGCACCAGAGGUCGUUAAAUGGGGUCCUCCUGUGAAGGCAAAACGCGACUCCAGAUCGAUGUCCGCUGCUUCGCUUCAGUACGUGCUGGACGUGCGGAGACUCAUGUAUUUGACCGAGUUCCUCGUGCUCAUCUACUACGUUGGCGUCUUCAUCCCGCUCAUCUUUUCGGUCUACAUGGGCGUUAUGUAUGCAUUGCCGAACCGUAGAUACUACGCGCAGCUCGCCGACUUGACUCCAGACGAGCUGUCGGAAGCUCUGAAGAACGUCAUGUUCAACUGCGCUUUAAAGUUGGCGUAUUUGGUGUUACUAUGCGGCAUUCUGCAGCAUCGACUACGGUUCUUAGCUAUUCGCCAACUCGCCUUUGUUCUCGAGAGGCAGUGGCCCGGUGUGCAGACCAAAAUUUGCUUCUGGGUCUUCUACAACGUACAGGCCUCGCUGGAACACGGUUUCGACUAUACUUUCAAGUUCGCUUGGCUGCAUGGAGAAUCCGUAGCAAUGAUGGCCAACAACUUCACUACCUCGUAG